GCUCUUCCCCUUUAGCGUUUACACAGCCACAAAACGAUUCUGUUCAAAACAUUUUUCAAUCUUGCCUUAAAUUAGCUCUCUUACUUUGUUUUGUCAACGAUGAGGAGGUUAAGAGGAAUCAAGAUAAGAAGACCGUUUCAACGAAUCUCAAGAUGGAUCCUCCGGAGAAUUCGGAUCCGUAGAUACACCCGGUUAAGCCCGAACCGACCGGUUUGCAAGCCAAGAGCCAUCACAAGGCUAAUAAGUUGGGGUCGAAGUCUCACAUCCCACAGCGCCAGGUUUCUUGGUUCUAAAUGUUUAAAUCCAGGAUACAUACCAAUUGGUCAAGAACCGAUUCGAGCACAACCCGACCCGGUUCCGAAAGGUCACUCGGCGGUUUACAUCGGUAAAAAAGACGGCGACUUUCAGAGAGUUUUGGUGCCUAUCGUUUACUUUAACCAUCCUCUGUUCGGUGAGCUUCUGAGAGAGGCUGAAGAAGAAUUUGGGUUUUGCCAAGAAGGUGGAAUCACUAUCCCUUGUCCUUAUUCAGAUUUCAAACGGGUCCAAACCCGUAUUGAAUCCGGGUCGGGUUUCUGUAAACUUCCCUGGAGCCGGCGCCGGCAAUAACGACGGUGGGAAGAAGAUGAUGAUGAAAAAGUUAAUUAACUCUUUUUACUAUUUUCUACCUUUGUGACCUUUUCACUUUUGUCACUCUUUUUACCCUUUUGUUAGAUAUGUAUUUGUGAAAGUGAGAUUGUUUUUCUUAAAGUUUGAAAUUUAGGCGAUAAUGUAAAUAAUAUAGAGAUUUUUUGUUUUGCAUGA